GAAAGGAAUGCACAUUGGUUGGUGGCAGAAAACAGACCGAGUUUAUUUUCUACAAGAGAUGCAGAUGAGAGCCGCAUGUGUUUGACGGGGCAAACUCUCGGUCCCUGUCUAGUGGCCGAGACGCUGGGGGUGAUGGAGAAUCCUUGGAACUCGACUCGGGGCGGGGUCGCUUCCUGUUUCGUCUGCACUGGUGCCUUGUCCAGCCGAGGAGUGGUGGUGCAUCGCUUGUACACAUUUUCCUCCCUUCUCAGAUGGAGUCGCCGUGGUGAUCCUGAGGGUGUCGUUCCCACUGCAGGCAUGGCUCUGCAGUUGUGUUUGGCACGGUCUCAGGGGCAGUGCCAAUCUCUGGUUUGGUCACCGAUGAUUGCGAAGGCUUCAGCAUUCCUGAGAGAGUGGCCUCUGAUGACGUGGAGUUAUCUGCUUUUAUCCCAAGCAUAAAUGGGAGCGGGACACUGCUUGCGGUUAGUGUACAGCCCUUAUCCUGUGUCACCAAAUCUUCUGUUGGGUAUCUCAAAACACCGGGCUUGAUGUGGUCGCAUUGUCGUCGCACUAACCUGUUGGGGCCUUUAAUGAGCCACGAUCUGUGGCCUAGCUUUUCCAAAACCGUUCCCUCUGUCCAGAUCGGAUUCCCUCCAAAGUUUCGAAAGAAAACUGCUUGUCCGACAGCGAGUACUCUCGACUUUGUAUCCCUGUUGCAGUUGGUAUGGAUUUUGUUCGCUUUUGCUUGCUUUUGCUUUUGCCCAAACCCAAGUGCAGCUGGCAUUUCACCCUUUGAUGUGCAGAUGGUGGUGUGUUGCUCUAGAAAAAGUGGGCCAGCCUACACACGAAUGUUCCGUCCUUGUUUUUGGCUAAUGCUCAUUUUGUUUCGAAAGCCAUCCUUUCUGCUUGGCCAUUUGUUGUAGGAUGGUACGGUGUGCUUGUUACAUGGGUCACCCCAUUCUUCUUUAGGAAGCUCUCAACUUCUACUGAAACGAAGGAUGGCCCGUUAUCAGUCACAAGCUUUUUUGGGAGCCCAAAAGCUGCAAAAAGGUUCCAGAGUUCCUCAAUCAAUGUGGCAGACUGUGUAAUUAUGCAUGGAGCACACUUCCAACAAUUUACUGUAUGUGUCCACAACAAUUAGCCAGCAUUCUGCCUUCUAUGGGACCAACGAAGUCUGCAUGAGCUGUGUCCCAAGGCGUUCUGGUGCGUUCCUAUUUGGGCACUGGUGCACUGGCUGGUGCCCUUUGGUGUUGACAACAAGUUGCACAGUUUCUAGUGAGCCGUUCGAUAUCUGCGUCAAAUGCAUGCCUAACAAAAGUACCUUCGUGCACAUGCCUUCAUGACCACAAUUAUAUGGUGGUUUGCAGGUGCGAGUUGAAGAAGGUAGUUUCUCGCCUUUGUUUUGGAGUUACCAUCCAGGAGCCUCUAACAAGGCACCCUUCCUGCGCUGAAAGCUCAGUCUCCAGUUUCCGGCACGAUGAAAACUGCUCUUUUGGCAGUUUAUGAACUUCACCGUUUGAAACAGCCUCCAGCACUUGGGACAGGACUCAUUCGAGUCAUUCGUGCUUGUUGAUGCGGUGAAAGCUCGAAGCUGAGCAUGGUAGCCAACAUGAGCACGUCUCUUGGGGGAUAAGGUUCAACUUGUGCCGGUAGUGGAAGUCAGCUUAGAGUGUCCGCAUUUUGGUGCAGUAGGCCAGGCCUGUACAGCAACUUGUAAUCGUACUUUGCUAGUUUAAGGCACCAUCGCGUAAUCCUUGGUGAAAAGACCCGGGGUGCUUGCUUUGUUUCACUCACGAUUCCAAUCAAUGCCUGGCGAUCUGUUAUGGUCACAUGCCGGCCAGCUAUGUACUUAUGAAAAUGACUGAUGCUGUAGAUUACUGCUGCACUUUCUUUGUUGAGCUGGAAGUAGCUCUUUUUGGCACUUCCCAGUGUUCAUGAACUGAAUGCAAUGGGCGCCUCUCGGCAAAUAGCAUCUUCCCGAGCGAGGACGGCAUCAAAGCCGUACGGCGAUGCGUCCACAGACAAAAGAAGGGGCUUCGUCCCGUCGUAGUGAGUGAGUACUGUAGAUGCACGAAUCAUCUCCUUAAGUGCCUCGAAAUUGACUUGAUGCUUGCUCUUCCAUUUCCAGGGCGUGUUUUUCUCUAGGAGCCUAUACAAUUCCACCACGAUCAUUGCUCUGUUCUCCAAAAUGCAGUCGUCAAAUGCAGUCGUCGUAAUUUCUAGUGCUGGCUCUCCAACGUGGUUGAUCCCCUUCACCUGAAUUUGAAGUGCCAAAAACCAAUCUCUUCCUAGGAGGUUGCACCCAGUGCCCUUCAUAACCAACAAUGGCAGCAGAUAGUCCUUUGAUCUCAACAUCACAUGAACUUGUGCGGAGCCCAGGAUGUGUAAUUGUUUACCUGACCAUGAGCACAAAUCGAGCGGCUCGCAUAAAAGCCACGGAGUGUUUUUCUUCCGCCUUCUGUAGUCCGUGUCCUCGCUUAUCAGGGAGCAUGCCGUACCUGUGUCCACCUCAAACUGGACUGGCUUUCCCUCCACUAUCAAGUCCACAAGGAACUUACCUCAGGCCGACCUCUCGGCAUUUCAUGUCAUUAAACUUCUUUCUCUCUCUCUUGGGGCAGUGUGUACUAUCUGUGUGCAGCUUGCAGCAGGAUUUGCUGACAGGUGGUGGUUUGACACUGUGUGCCCGUAGCUGCUAGUUGUCGGAGCGUGGUUCCGUGUUUUUCUUUUUCUUUGAGAUGCAGGCAUGCUCGACAUGACCUUCCUUGGAGCAGAAACGGCACUCGGCUGUCUUGAAUUUGCAUGUUUCAGGGUCGUGCAAGCCGUACGUCGCAUCGAUAACAAUGUCGCGCUGAUGUAUGCUUGCCCCCUGGCUUGAUUUGCGACGUCCUGUUAAUUUCCCCCGAGUUUGCCACUCCUUUGAUAUCUCGCUGAUGCCUUGACGCACUUUCCGCUGACAAGGUAAGUCCACAGUGCAUUGAAAUGUCAGGCUUUUUCUGCGAACAGUCUCGGCGAAAGAUUUUCGUCCCAGACGCCGAGGACGAACCUGUCGCAGCAUCACAUCUUGGGACGGCAUAGUUGGAUUCGCCGCAGAAGCGGUCGUUUGGGUGUCAGGUGACGUCGUCGAUACUGUAGCCGAAGGCAGCGCUCCGAAGUUGCAGUCGGCUGUCAAGGUUCCAAGGGCCGCAGCGUAGCUGCUGAUCGACUCGUCUGGCCGUUGGUCGGGUCUUUGAAACACGUACCGGCUCUAACGCGCGGAUGUCCUGGUGUCGAAGUGCCGCCUAAGAAGUGUCACUAAAUCAUUUAAGUUGACUUCUGCCGGAUAUCUUCGGCGCUAUCAGCGCGCACACGGUGUUCGAAAGUGUCGGCUCCACAAAGCGUGAGAAGUGCCCGCUUCUUCGCUGACGUCGCUCGCCACGAAGUAAAAGUCGAGGCGCUGGACCCACGAUUCCCAUGAUUUGCCCGAGAAAGGCUCGACAGCGCCGUGCAUUCGUCCUGUAGCCAUGGCCUUAACUUCGAAAACUUAUAGAUCCGCUUCGCAACUCCUGCCUCAUCGCCAGUGUUACGUACGGGGUCUGGCCCCAUCCGUGAAAGGAGUGCGCAUCGGUUGGUGGCAGAAAACAGACUGCGUUUAUUUUCUUCAAAAGACGCAGGCGAGAGCUGCAUUUGUUCGAGAGGGCAAACUCUCGGUCCCUGUCCAGUAGCCGAGACGCUGAGGGCGACGGAGGAUUCUCAGAACUCCACUCGGGAUGGGGUCGCUUCCCGUUUCUCCGCGCUGGUGCUUCGUCCAGCCGAGGAGCGAUGGUGCGUCGCUUGUCCACAACACAAGCUUUCGCUAGCACAGCUAUAAAAAGUGCGCCAGCGCGCCGUACACAACCGAGCACAUAGUGACGUAUGUUGUCGCAACAUUACGCGGUAGCAGUAAACAAAUAACAAAAAGGCGGCACAGGUAAGACGACUGCACAGUGUUCCAAAGGUGGGUCACCACGUCAAUGCCACACAUGCAGCAAUGAAUGUGACAGUGCAGGAGUCGCGUUCUCACCAUGAUGCGGAAACUUCAACUUACAUCGACAAAAAUAUGCUAGUGUCGUCUGCUGUUGGCGAUAGUUGCCGACUUUGAACAGUGUUGCUCUGCGCACUGCCGAAUGUUUGCCAGCUUUCAACAGACGUCGCGUCCCCAAAACGAAGUGCGGAUGCAGGCGCAUUCGAACCGCUCGAGCUAAAUAAUAUAAAAAUAACUAAUACUACAGCAAACGCAAUAACAAUAUCUUGGCACGAUGCGAAAUAUUGCUGGUCGCCAGCACUCGAGGCUGCCAACUCGCUGAUGCAUGUUGCCAGUUGCUGGUUACCUAUUUCGACAACCAGAGGGCGCAUGCGAACCGCAACGCAUCAUGCGGUUUCAGCGUAAAUGCAAUUUUGUGACCGAUCGCGACGACCGCCCGUUUUUCACGAUCCGCAUGCAUGCGGUGCGGCGUGCGGCGAUGGGCGGUUUGAGCGUAAAUCGGCCCUAAGCCCCAUGAACCGGCCAUUGAACCGGCGAUGGACCGCCAUGUUUUGAACGUAUGGGCUCCUAUGGAAGCUUCGCUACCAGGUUUCCUUCCGACAACGCUCUUCGCAAGAAGUGGCUUUGUGCUGUGCGGCGCGUCGUCUGGUCCCCGGAUAAGAACGCUUGUGUGUGCUCUGACCACUUCACUCCGGACUGCUAUAAAGACAGCGUGUACUUGAUGGAAGCCUUUGGGCUCGCAAAAGCGAACUACGGCAGGCGCCUGAAGGAAGACGCUGUGCCAACGCUGUUCGUGUACACGAAGCCCAGCCACCCACCAUUACCGCGAUGGAGAGCGGCCAAGCUACGACGAGCUCAGCUUGCCCAGGAGGCUCUCAGUGAUACCAAGCAGAUUGAUGGUUCUGUGGAGUGUAGUCAGUGUGGUCCUAGCAGCCAGGCCACAACCAGUUUGAGGGGCAGUCAACAAACAGCUUCCUGUGCGAGUACCACUGCAGAGCGCAACUGUGACUUUGCUGUGAAGACACAUUACGUUGGUCACAGAACAAGGGCUGCACAAACCUGUCUCAAGAAUCCUUCUGUUGGUAUUCAGGCCAGUCCUGUGUUUGUAAAGGACAGCAGCAUCCAAACGAAUGCCGCUGUGCUCAGAGGAACCACAUCAGGGGCCAAGGCACUCGUGUCCUGCACCAAAACCAGAUGUUGAUGUCCCAGAUCUUGGUGCAAACAGUCUGCUCUACCAGGUGGCACCGGCAACUCGUCUGCUCACUUUUAUGGCUUCGGCAACUUGGUGUUCUGCAAAGAGUGAUAUGUUUGCAGACAAGCUAAACUUUGUUGUCAAGGAUGUGGACCACCAUCUCCCUGGCAGCUGAAGGCAAGUGUCAUUCUCCAGACUUCUGCACAUUCAUGUUAAUGGACACUACCCUCAACGUUCAAGUCCUGCAUGUGGUACUUGUCAAGUGGCAGUGCAUGAUGGCGGUGUGGCACAUCAAGCCGCUGGUCAGCAGCUGUUAUUGACAUUGAGCACUUGGAGAUCAAGUCGUUAAUGAAAAAUCACCACUACAAGAUAACACACUUGUUUGACCCUUGGCACAUUGCAAAAGAUUGCUGCUCUCCACUACAGCGAAAAUGGCAGUAGAGCUACACUGACCAAUGUGAAUGGAGCUCAGCAAAUUUGCCAGUGAUUUUCUUGAGGGGAAGAAAGUGGACUAUGGCACCAAUGAAACAAAGCAAGAUACAGGUAUGUGUCCAUCCUCAUCAGCAAUGUCUUGGAUUGCAUCGAGAGAAAUGGCUGUCCUCUACAGAUGAUAAAGAUUCUGCACAAUGACGUCAUGACGCUCUCUCCACCAUGUAUGACUCAAAGCCAAUAAAGCAGGAGUUACUGUUCA